GUGUUGCAUUUGCAACGUUAGUUUCUCGCUGAUACCAGAACACACACAAAGUUUCAGGAACGCUCUGGAAGUCUUAACCUGACGCAACAAAGACAAAUUCGUAGUAUAUAAGAAGCGUUCUUUGCCUUUAAACAGCAGUGUCUAACUAAAGGAAGAAGAAGCUAGAAGCAUUUCAACGCUAUCCUCCGAGAGUCUAAAAAGGUUACUUUUAAAAUGGCGAAUUCGUUACCAUUCAAGUGUUAUCUAUUGACCAACAAUGGCCAAGAUAAAGAAAUCCGUAGAUUCGCCCUCGAUUCAGAUGUCGUAGGAAACUUUACUUACCUUCAGGAGAAAGUUAGGGUAGUCUACCCCCAACUGUUGCGCGAAUCUUUCACCAUUUCUUAUAUUGAUGAAGAAGGGGAUAAGGUUACCGUUUCCAGUGAUGACGAGCUGCUUGCUGCACUCAUGUUUGCCAAACGCAAAGAUGAUGAGCCAUUCCGUCUGAUUGUCCAGACUACAACUGCUACUAGUGGAGCCAAACCUGAAACUGCCACACCAUCUGCAGGGACGGGCAAUUGCCAGGGAGAAAUUCACUGGGGUGUGACCUGUGAUGGAUGUCAAGGUGCCGUCAAAGGAUUCCGCUACAAAUGUUUCCAAUGCCCAGACUAUGAUCUGUGUGGAAAAUGUGAAUCUGCAGGUCAACACCCUGGUCAUAUUCUCAUCCGUGUAACUGGGUCCAUGCCUGCAGCAUUUCAGGCCAUGAAGCACGCGCUGAAUGGAGGGCCCGAAGUUCCACAUUGGCGUCGUGGAAAACAUGGACGCUACCAUCACCAACACAGCCAUGGCUGGAAUGCUUGGUGUCCGUCUGGCAUGAAUGUUGAAGUCGACCCACAGACCACAGCUGCGGGUAGCAAUAAAGGAGCGAGCAAGACCGAGGCGAAGCCUCAGUGUCCAUACAAGUUUUACAUGGACCAGGCCAAAGAGACGGCUACAACUAUCCACGCUCAGGCCAAGGAAACCGCUUCAAUUUUCAACGAACAGCAUCCAGAAUAUCUCGCUGGUCUGGGCAGCACCAUCGCCUCCGUCAUGGAAGGACUUGGAUUUGGCUCUGUUGGAGGAUCAUGCCCUCGUGCCUCAACUCAAAAGCCGGAAGCAAAGAAGCAAGAAACACAAAAAGAGGAGACUAAAGCUGAAGAGAAAGAUUCUACUGCUGAGGCGAAGAAAGAAGAAGUCAUCAUUCCUGUUGUGAUCGAGAAAGAAGUUACCCCUACAAAUGCCGUCGUCGUAAACCCUUACGCCCAUUUGGUUGACGCUGCACGAGCUGUAGAAGUGGCCAGUGCUAAAGCUAUGGCUGAUUUCGCCAGGCAGGCAGCCGCUCAAACUAGCGUUGCUCCCAAACCUGCGGAAACGAUGAGUUUCUUCCAGACUGCUGAAGCCAAAAAGGAUACCCCGUUCGCUGUGGCCUGCCGAGCCAGAAUGACAGCAGCACAGGCUCCUCCUCAAGCUGUUGCUGAGGCUAUAGCCGAAGUCGUCGCCCAGGCACCUUCACAGGCCAUCGCUGAGGCUGUUGCUGAGGCCGUUGCUCUUGCUCCUACUCAGGCUGUUGCCGAAGCUAUCGCCAAAGUCGCUGCUGAGGCUCCGUCUCAGGUAGCUGCCCAGGCUGUGGCCCAGGCGGCCGAAGAUGCCUACAAAGAGUCCCUCGUUUCGCAACAAACCGUUGCUGAGCCAACAGCAGUCAAACCUAAACACAACGAGUCUGGAGACUGGACUAUCGUCGACCAUGGAAUGGAACAUUCGAGCUCUCCACCGCCUCCUUCCGUUCCGGCUUCCCAGUUCGUUGGUGCUCGCCCCAAGGAACCAACUGCUGAGAAAGCUCCUCUUCAUCCAGAUCCUUUUAUCUCCGCUGCUUUGGAGACUAUGCUGGCCAUGGGAUUCACCAAUGAAGGUGGUUGGCUAGCUCAACUGCUGGAAGUGAAAGGAGGAGAUAUUGGAAAAGCCCUGGAUGUUCUCCAGUCGCAAUUCCAGCGCCAGCAACAUCAGUAAUAACGCUGAACAAGAAGGUGUUACCGGACACCAAGUCCUUUCGAAGUCGAAUCAUUUUAAUUUACUUAUUCCUUAUCGUCAAAACAGUUAAUCAACAUGUUUAAUCUCUUACUAUUAACCACGAAUUUAAAUCGAUUGAAAUUACCUAUAAUCAUUCAAUCAUUUGUGUCUUUUUUUCCAGCCUUUAUGAUAUACUUUUAUAUUGGUGGUUGUAACCGGAGUCCUUAGUUAAACGGCACAUAGAAAUAAACGUACCAAUCGAGAAAAAAAAAA